CAGUAGGUGGCGGUAAUGCACACCAGAAGGUUUCUUGCCAACCGCCAUAAAAACAAAAGAAGAAAAAGAAGAAGAAGACGGAGAAGUCCUAAACGCGGGCAUUAUAUUUCUGUAUUCUUACAUAUAUGUUGUUUAAUAGAGUACACACGGUUAAUAAUUGUUUGUAGCCGGAUACAUUAGUCUGAGCGCACUUUGACACUUCUCCUGUUUGCUAGCUUCACUUAAGAUAGCUUGCAGCCAGUUUAGCUGGCUAGUUAGCUUAGCUUGUUAGCUGCUAACAAAGAGACGCGGAAGUUAUUUAAACAUCGCUAAGUAGGGAACUAAUGUGAGUGUAAAGUGUUGUGAUUGUUUGAAAAUGUGCGAAAGAACGAUAGCAAAGUACGAGGAGGAACUUUGUCCAACAAAAGAGGAGAAGGAGCGACAACAUCAACUACUGGAUGUUUAUUAUAAGAAACAUCAUCAAGUUGUGUUACACAGAACAGAUGUCUGUGAAGAACAAUGUCUGCCUGAAAAACAGGAGUUUAGCUUCAGGAUGGUGAAGGAGGAUCCUUCAAAAAGGACGACCAGGUGCCACGGACCCUCUGGCGUCUCCUUUUCCUCUUUGACACAGACCCUUUCCUGUAAAAAGGAAGAAGAAGACUCACUGACCCCCCACAUUAAAGAGGAAGCAAUGGAACACAACAUCAGUCAGGAGGGAGAUCAUAUAGAAGGACUGGUGGAGUUCCCAGUGACUGGUGUCCCUGUGAAGAGUGAAGAUGAUGAGGUCAAAGGUGAAAGUGAGGAGAAGAGAGAGGCGGAGCCUCCAAGCAGCAGCUCAACUCAACACAUGACAACAGAAGCUGAUGGAGACCACUGUGGAGGAUCACAAGCAGACAAGCUCUUAGCUCCACUAUCAGAUAGUGAGGACACAACGUCACACUCUCCUGACACUGAUGAUGAAGACUCUAAAGAUGAUAAGACAUGUCACACAGACAACACUCACUUCACAUGUUCUCACUGUGACAAAACCUUUAAAUACCAUUGUCAUCUGAAAGUACACAUGAGAAUACACGCUGGAGAAAAAACUUUUCUCUGUUUAUUCUGUGGCAAAUGUUUUGUACAAGUCCCCAUUUGAAUGUACACAUGACAACACACACUGGUGAAAAACCUUUUUCUUGCUCAUUAUGUGGUGAAGAUUUUGUUCUAAGUAUACAUUUGGAAGUACACAUGAGAGCACACACGGGUGAAAAACCUUUUGUCUGUUCAAUCUGUGGUAAAGGUUUUACACAAAGCAACACUUUAAAAGAACACAUGUCAACACACACUGGUGAAAACCCUUUUGUCUGUUCAACCUGUGGUAAAGGUUUUACA